CUGGUGGACCAUCCCCCUCCCCCGCCCCCCACCUGGCGGCUCCACCGGCGACACAACGGAGGAGGCAGCACCUGCUGAUGAAGACAAUGGUUACAUCUUAACAAAAUAUCCCAGGAAAGCGGAUUAUUGAAGGAAAAUACAAAACACGUUUAGUGCAUGAGGAGAGCCACUGUGCUGCAGACCGCCACAGCCCUUAAGCCAUCCCGCCAAACCAGGAGAGACCAUGUCUGGAGCCUACGACGAGUCCGCCGGCCUGGAGGAGGCCACAGACAGCUUCUGGGAGGUCGGCAACUACAAACGCACCGUGAAGCGGAUCGACGACGGUCACCGGCUCUGCAACGACCUGAUGAACUGCAUCCAGGAGCGCGCCAAGAUCGAGAAAGCUUACUCGCAGCAGCUGACGGACUGGUCCAAGAGGUGGAGGCAGCUGGUGGACAAAGGGCCUCAGUACGGCACAGUGGAGCGAGCUUGGGUGGGGGUGAUGACGGAGGCGGAGAAGGUGAGCGAGCUUCACCACGACGUGAAAAACAACCUGACCCUCUUCGACUUUGAGAAGGUGAAGAACUGGCAGAAGGACUCGUACCACAAACAGAUGAUGGGAGGAUUCAAGGAAACCAAAGAGGCGGACGAGGCCUUCAAGAAGGCCCAGAAACCCUGGGCCAAAAAGCUGAAAGAGCUCGAGGCUGCCAAAAAGUCCUACCACAUGGCCUGCAAAGAGGAGAAGCUGGCGUCCACCAGGGAGGCCAACGGUAGGAGCGAGGCCUCGGUGACCGCUGACCAGCAGAAGAAGCUCAGCGAGAAGGUGGACAAAUGCAAGCAGGACUCCCAGAAGGCCAAGGAGAAGUAUGAGAAGGCCCUGGAGGAGCUGACUAAGUGCACUCCCCAAUACAUGGAAAACAUGGAGGUGGUGUUCGAUCAAUGCCAGCAGUUCGAAGAGAAGAGGCUCAGCUUCCUCAGGGAGGUGCUGCUCGACGUCAAACGUCACCUCAACCUCACGGAAGACCAAAGCUACGCUGCGGUGUACAAAGACCUCGAACGCACCAUUACGUCGUCCAGCCCGCAGGAAGAUCUGAAGUGGUUCAGCAACUCCCACGGGCCCGGCAUGCAUAUGAACUGGCCCCAGUUUGAGGAAUACAACGCAGACCUUACCCAUAACAUCUCGAGGAAGGAAAAGUCAAAGAAAGGCAUCGACGGAGUCAUGCUGACCAACGUCACAGCAGCAGUCGACCACGCUCAGGUUGAGGACGCGGGAAGUGUCAGCAGCUUUGAGAAGAACCAGGCCUCCACCGAGUGGUCGGACGAGGACCAGACGGCCCCGGACUCGGGCAACGACACCAACGGAGCCCCCAACCCCUUCGAGGAGGAAGUGGCGAAAGGCGUGAGAGUGAGGGCGCUGUACGACUACGAAGGCCAAGAGCAGGACGAGCUCAGCUUCAGGGCAGGGGACGAGCUGAUGAAGCUGGAGGACGAGGACGAGCAGGGCUGGUGCAAAGGUUGUCUAGGCAACGGGCAGCUGGGUCUUUACCCGGCCAAUUACGUGGAGCCGAUGUAGCUGAGGGCCGAACCGCCGGACUGAGCCGCCCCGUCGUGACCGCACAUGGCCGCAGACUCGAAAGGCAAAGCUUCCUCUUCCCGUGGAGCACAGCGAUCCGUCUUCAUCUCAGCACUCAUCGCAGAGAAAACUUUACUGAAACAAGCCCAGGGUCACAUCAUCAUCAUCACCAUCACCACCAUCAUCAGCCGAGCCCUGCAAGUGAAACAAAGAAAUGUUUCAGCCUCGUCAGUGUGCGGCUGCGUUGGAUUUCAGAUGCGACGGCAACGAUGCCACACAGUCCGUCCUGUCAUGGCUGUACCGACACGGCGCCGUCGGUUGCGUCUGGACAGCGAGAAUGAACUAUGCAUUGUGCAUUUCAUGUAUAUAUUUUAAUCUUUUUUUUUUUACAGUCUGGAGGCUUGUACAGUUUUUAUUUUCUCAUUGAAUACAAUGUUUUCUCUGUGAUAUAUUCACAUGUUUAGCAUAAAAGGAAUUGUUUUGGGAAAUGUGCUUAUUCGCUUUCUCCCUAAAAGUUGGAGGACAAGAUCGAUAUCUCAUGUUUGUAUAGUAAAUAUGACGCUACAGCCUGCAGCUAGUUAGCUUAGCAUGACCGGGGAAAUAAGGGGAAACGGUUAGCCUGACUGACAAAGUCUGGCUGUCAGCACCUAUUAAAUCUCCUCCUUUAAUCCAGUGACGGAAUUAUAUGAUGCAGCUGUCAGUCAGUGUCCGUGACCGUGAAGAAAGAGUUACUGCACAAACCCCCUAUACCUACAGCUUUUUGUAAAACACCAAAUAAAGGAAAACAAGAUGUUAUUUAGUGAAUUAAAGAGCCAGGUUAGCUUCUUUUCCCCUGCGUGUCUUUUUUGCUAUGCUAAGCUAUCCAGCUGCUAGCUCUGGCUUCAUGUGUAGCUUCAUGUGCCGUGUGCACAACAAGAGUAGCAUCCAUCUUUUUCUCUACUACUAAUAAGCAUAUGUCCAACUAUUCUUUUAAUGCAUUUAGUUGUUUUCCUGUCACUGAAUUAUCAUUUUCAACCAAGUUACAAAAAAGUAAAUAAAACACAGUCAGCAAGCAGAGCUCCUCCUCGAAAUGGAAGUCCGUCCUCUACCGAACCUUAUUAAUGGUUUACAUCACGCCGUCGACUGGAUAUUGUCUCCAUGUCGUCUUUACGCGCAGACCGUGUUAAUAACGCACGAGCCGUCAAGAAAACCUUCCUGGAGACCAGCUUCAUUUCCCUACAAAGGCUUUGUUUAUCUUCUGCAGUUUACUAAGAGAUGGUAUCAGUGACUCGUCAUUAUCAGCUUCCAGCUCUUAUCUCUGAUUGUGUUCAUGUUGACACUCCCAAACACUGAUUACCACCCUGAUCCCAACGGAUUGGGUGCAUGCCCUCAAUUAUUUUCCUCCAAAUAACUAAGUUUCUUGAUUGAAUUAAAACUCCUCCAAUGAUGCCAUUUGAUUUUUUUUUUCUUCUGUGUAACAUAAUCAAUCCCCAAUGGUCCAUUUCGCUGCGCACAAAACUACAGGCUGUGUUACACCUCCACAACUUUAAUGUUUAAUCAGAACAUUUCUAACCAACAAAAAAGGGGUUCGAGUGCACGUGGCACCACGGUGCACACCUAUUGGUUUGUUGCACCUGGCCACCGCAGGCGUUGGGGUGAAAAUGACACCUUUUGUCGCCGGGGAGGUCGGGUGUAGUCUUACUGACGCAGGCGGAGAAAGGCCGCAACGAGCGCCACACAAAACAAGAAAGAAAGACGAUCCGUCUCUGAAAUAUUGAUGAGGCGGUUGAGGAGUUCAUUUAAAACGUAAAAGAGGAUCGGGAGGGAAAUGUCUCUUGUUCUUUGUUUGUGCUCCUGUAUGCUCUUUUAAAAACUGCUGUAAGCACUGGAUUCAUGGGGGGUGACAUGAAUAUUGCCUUACUACAAUAUGCCCCCCCCCCCUCACCUGUCACUCUUAAGGACCAUCACGUUGAACAAAGUGACCCGGAGCUGCAGAAUCCGACUGCUUCUGCGGCUCAGUUUGCACUGACGCUCUUUGUCUUGGUUAUAGGUUUACUGUAAAAGUCUGUAAAAGAACUACUGCGGCAUCCACUGUGAAUCCCCACUGACGGAGGGUGAAUCAUAUUUUUCCAACAUGAUUAAAAUGCUUCUUUCUUUUAUGUCUGGAAAUGUUGAUCUGCAAUGUUAAGGGGAACUUUUUAGACGGGUUUCUCUUUUUGUUUGUUUUAGCAUAGUGCUGUAAGUUAUAAACUGUAGUGCCUGUUCAUCUGCGUAUGCGAAAUAAAAAGAUGUCAUCAGAAAACUCUGAGGCAAAUGUGAGAUAGAA